AUGUCCGACGUCAGAGUGAAGUUCGACAUCACGUCCUCUCCGGAGCCCGACGAAGAGGUAUUCCUCCCUCCUGCCCCCCUCCUUGCUGGAGCGCACGUGUCCGGUCUUCAAUCAUACCGGGAGAAAUAUCGCUCCUCCAUUAAUGACUCCGACGCUUUCUGGAAGAGCGUCGCUGAAGAACUCCAUUUCGCUGAAGGUUCCUCAAAGGGACUAGAAUGGAAUUUCGACGCGAAAAAAGGCGACAUCUUUUGCCGUUUUAUGGAUGGUGCGAAGACAAAUAUCUCCUACAACUGCCUUGAGCGGAAUAUAAAGCGUGGAUUGGGGGAUAAAGUUGCCUAUAUUUGGGAAGGAAACGAGCCUCUUGACAAUUUCAAAAUAACCUACAGUGAACUCCACGCCCAGGUGGUCAAUUUCUCGGCCGUCCUGCGCGCUCAUGGUGUCCGAAAAGGGGAUGUCGUGGCCCUUUACUUGCCAAUGAUCACCGAAUUGGCGGUCGCCAUGUUGGCGUGCACCCGGAUUGGAGCCAUGCAUUCUGUGGUUUUCGCCGGCUUCUCCGCUCCAGCCUUAGGAUCUCGAAUAAUUGAUGCAAACUGUCGGGUCCUUGUCACUGCUGAUGGGUUCUUCCGUGGAACUAAGCACGUGAAUCUCAAGCGGAUAGCUGACGACGCCGUCAAGAUUGCUGCCGAAGGUGGUGUAGACGUGAAUUCGGUCAUUGUUGUCUCUCAUCAGAAGCGAGUCACCGUUCCGAAGACGUGCAGCACUCCUGCGGAUGCGCGAAUGACUUCCAUCGAUUUCGAUUAUACGGUUGAAAUGGCCAAGUAUAAAGGAGUCGAAUCCCCUGUGGAAUGGAUGGACGCCGAAAGUCCUCUGUUCUUGUUAUACACGUCGGGUUCGAACGGGAAAACCGAAGAGGAAAUCCCAACAUUCUUCAGCCACGCUGGUUUAUAUGGUAUGCCUAAUUACACCAUGAAAGACACCUUGACGCGCGACCCCACUACGAACGAGAUGUCUAUUGGUGCACCGCCGAUUGUGGCUGGAUUACUGGGCAUACGUACUUGCUGUAUGGUCCAUUGA